GCUAUAUUAAUCAUUCCCCAGCUUCGUUCUCCCCGGCCCGAACCCUUAUCCCCAAAACCCUGUCAACCCAAUCCUCUCAAUCCCACCCAUGGCGGCCACGCUCUUCUCCACCUCCCUCUCCCCCCAGUUCCUCUCCUUCACCACUUCCUCCUCCUCCAAACCCGUUCCGUCCGCAUUCUUCCCCUCGAAGCUCCCGCAGCUCCGUGCCCUCGCCGCCGCUGGCUGGAGACAACCACUCGCACCCUUGGCCGUGGCCUUGUCGUCGGAUGUCGAGACGGACGACGCGGAGGAGUCUGCGGGGGAGUUCUCGGAGGACCUGAGGGUGUUCGUCGGCAACCUACCCUUCAGCGUCGACAGCGCCCAGCUCGCCGGGCUAUUCGAGCAAGCCGGCUCCGUCGAGAUGGUCGAGGUCAUCUACGACAAAUUGACUGGAAGAAGCCGUGGAUUUGGGUUUGUGACGAUGUCUACUGUCGAAGAAGUCGAGGAGGCUGUUGAGCAAUUAAAUGGCUAUGUACUCGAUGGGAGAACAAUAAAGGUGAAUUCAGGGCCGCCGCCACCCAGAGAUCAGUCCUCGCCUAGAGGAUUUAGAGAGCAAUCUUCUGGGGGAUUCAGGCAGCAGUCGUCACGAGGACCCAGUGGUGGGGAUAACAGAGUCUAUGUGGGUAACCUUUCUUGGAAUGUUGAUGACUCAGCUCUUGCAAACCUGUUCAAUGAGCAAGGGAGUGUCCUGGGAGCUAGAGUCAUCUAUGACAGGGAGAGUGGAAGGUCAAGGGGAUUUGGUUUUGUCACAUAUGGUUCCAGCGAAGAAGUUGAGAAAGCAGUAUCUAAUCUUGAUGGCACCGACUUGGAUGGCAGGCAGAUCCGCGUUACAGUAGCAGAAGCGAGACAACCAAGGCGAGAAUAUUGAAAUUCUCUUUUAGAUGCUCUUAAGCCUGUGUUUAGCACCAAACAUGAAUUAUAGUAUCACCAUUCACCGAUUGUUCUUCAGUGUAAUCCAUUCUAGUUGUAAUUUCUCCACCAUAUGGUUGGAAAAUAUUUUUGUUUCGUAAUGAGAUAUGUAUAAUUUGGUUUUCACCUUCA